AGAAGCCAGAGAGAAACUUGUCUUGGGGAUUAAUAGGAGGCAGGAGCAGGGAGAGGUGCACGCAGGAAAUCACCUGGACCAUGAGGGCGACCCUUGCGUUCCUCCUCCCGCUGGCGCUGGCGCUGGUGGCGAGCGGGCAGCGCCGCAAACCGCCCCGCCGGCCCACCCGGCCUCCCCUGCCUUUCGAGGAGCCCGUGGAGCCCACAGAGCUGCCCCCUCCCCUCCCUCCGGGCCCCCCGUCCGUGUUCCCCGACUGCCCGCGGGAGUGCUACUGCCCGCCCGACUUCCCGUCGGCGCUGUACUGCGACAGCCGCAACCUGCGCACGGUGCCCGUCAUCCCCGCGCGCAUCCACUACCUGUACCUGCAGAACAACUUCAUCGCCGACCUGCCCGAGGAGUCCUUCCGCAACGCCACCGGCCUCAAGUGGGUCAACCUGGACAACAACCGCAUCCGCAAGGUGGACAGGAAGGUGCUGGAGAAGCUGGAGAACCUCAUCUUCCUCUACAUGGAGAGGAACCAGCUGAAGGAGGUGCCGGCGUUCCUGCCGCCCAACCUGGAGCAGCUGAGGCUCAGCAGGAAUCAGAUCUCCAAGAUCCCUCCUGGGGUCUUCAACAAGCUGGAGAACCUGGUGCUGCUGGACCUGCACCACAACAAGCUGAGCGACGGCGUCUUCAACAAGAACACCUUCAAGGGGCUCAAGAACCUCAUGCAGCUCAACCUGGCCCACAACAUCCUGAGGAAGAUGCCCCCCGGCGUGCCCAGCGCCAUCCACCAGCUCUUCCUGGACAGGAACAACAUCGAGGACAUCCCCAGCGAUUAUUUCAAGGAGUUUCCCAACCUGGCUUUCAUCCGGCUCAACUACAACCAGAUCUCGGAUAAGGGGCUGCCCAAAAAUUCCUUCAACCUCACCAACCUGCUGGUGCUGCACCUGGCCCACAACAAGCUCACCAACGUGCCCUUCAUCAGCCCCAAGCUGGAGCACCUCUACCUGAACAACAACUCCAUCGAGAAAAUCAACGGCACUCAGAUCUGCCCCACCUCGCUGGUGUCCAUCCAGGAUUUCUCUCCCUCCAACCUGGACAGCGUGCCCCGGCUGCGCUACCUGCGGCUGGACGGGAACCUGCUGAAGCCGCCCAUCCCUCUGGACCUGAUGCUGUGUUUCCGCCUGCUGCAGUCCGUGGUGUUUUAGCCCUGCCCGCCUCUCCCAGGCUUUGCUCGGACAUUUCAGACACGUGGGACCUUCUCUCCUCCCUCUCUCCCCCUGCUCUCUCCUCGCCUCCAUCCCUCUCCUCGUUUUCCCCUUUUCCUGCCCUGCGGGGACAGCGGUGGCUCCUUGGGGACCGCGCUCUGCCGUGUCACAGCUCGCUGUCCUUGUCCCCGGUUCCAUCUCUCCCUUGUGCCCCGCAGGGUUUGGGGUCGGUCCGGAUGGAGCCGCUGGGCUCAGGGUGUGUCCAGCACCAUGAAACGUUCCCGGUGGGUUUUGGAGCUGGGAUGGGAUGAACUGGAGAUGAGGGUGGUGGGAUGCGUAGAAGGGGAGGGAGGAUGGACAAUCAGGCCAUGCCAGGGAUGGGGACACUCCUGUCACCCUUCUGGAGAGCUUUGGCUCCACGUUUCUCCAGAGGAGGAGGAUCUAAAUCCUGCCUGGAGCUCUGGAUCUGUGGGGAUGGAGCAGGGAGGGUUUCCUGCCCAUGUGUGGGGUGGACACCUUCCCACACCCCCUGGGCAGGAGCAGACCCUGCCCGGCUUCAAAUCCCCAUCCUAGAACCGACCCAUGGGGACACAGCCCCA